UUGUUUGUUACAUCAAUUGUGACCAAAAUGGGAAAUAAUUUACAAAGGAUCAGACGGCAGGAAGAAGAUACUAUUCAAUCAGCAGAUGCGGAAUCUUUAACUCGUUCAACUAUAAAGAAAUCUGCUGUAGUACGUCAUGACACAGAGACUUUUUUCUUCUUGAUUGCAAAUAUAUAUAGGAAUCAUCCUGAUGAAGGUUUCAGAUUUUGGAUGGAUUUGAAAGAACAAAUUAUUGAUUGGGGAUCUAGUGUUUAUGAAAAAGGAAUGAGGCGUGGUUAUUUGGAAAUGCUUUGUUCAUUGGCAACUGGUCCAUAUUGUAGUGGUUAUGCUGAUGAAUUUCUUUCACGCAGUUCUGAGCAAAAUAAAGUAUGGUGUUCAUGGCGUACUUUAAUUGGUACCAUUGAUAUUUAUACGCGUGACGAAAACGAUGAAAAACAAAUCGUAAAAGAUGAGGUUAUGCUUUUAAUAUCGUUCAUUCGUGUUUUUCGGCAAGUUAUUCAAUAUUCUAUACAAGCCAGAUUAAGAUUUCUCCAGGAUAAUGUUUUAAGGUUACUUUUUCGUCUGAUGUGUCGCAAUGUUCAUACUGAAUUGAAAGCAGAGCUUCUUUAUGCCAUUGCAUCUUUCUGUAUGCCAGAUUAUGCUGAUCAUAUUUAUAUCACAAGACAAGUUUGGAAUCUUUUAGAAGAUGCUCAAAUUGUUCCAACC